GUCAUCCUUCCAGAAGCACUCAGAAGAAUCUUUUGGAAGCUGAAAGAAGUGAACAAAUGCUUUAAAAAUUGUUAUAUCUUCUGUAUAACGUAAUGAAACUUGACUGUGGUUUCUCAAACAGCAGCUCCUUCAGCUUGUACUUGGCACCUGAAGAGAGGAGUAGUGGCUUGUGCUGCUCAACACUGACUCCUCUGACUGUUCAAGGAGUAACACAUGCAGCUUCAAAUGCAAUUCUGUCUAGCCUGUCUUGAACUGGAAGAUGAGGAACAGUCUGAAGUCUCUUUUACUUCACCUCCUGAUAGUCUCUCAAUAGCGUCUGACCGAUAUGAUAAAGAGGAUGAAGGACCUUCUGAUGGGCAUCAGUUUCCUCUUAUUGCAGCUCAGGAUCUUCAGUUUGUUCUGAAGGCCGGAUACCUGGAAAAACGCAGAAAGGACCACAGUUUUCUUGGCUUUGAGUGGCAGAAGCGUUGGUGUGCUAUCAGUAAGACGGUCUUCUAUUACUAUGGAAGCGAUAAAGACAAACAACAGAAAGGUGAAUUUGCCUUAGAGGGCUACACCAUCAGAAUGAAUAAUAGCCUUCGGAAGGAUGCAAAGAAAGAUUGCUGUUUUGAAAUCUCCGCUCCUGAUAAGCGCAUUUAUCAGUUUACAGCUGCCACUCCCAAAGAAGCAGAGGAAUGGGUACAGCAAGUCAAAUUUGUCAUCCAAGAUUCAGGAUCUAAUACUAUUCCCGAGGAGGAAGAAGAGGAUUAUGAUGACGUUUGCCAUGUGAGCAGUGAAUCAAUAGAUGAUAGCAUUUACGAAGAAGUUAAAGAAGAACAUACUCCUUCAAAGGCUGAAGUGCCAGGAAAACUCAUCCAGGAGAAAGUUACCGUUGUUUCAGAUAACAAAAAUACCGAUUAUGCCAAUUUCUAUCAAGGUCUGUGGGACUGCACAGGAGAUGUACCUGAUGAGUUGACAUUUAAACGUGGGGACGUUAUCUACAUUCUCAGCAAGGAGUACAAUAGAUUUGGCUGGUGGGUAGGAGAAAUGAAGGGAACCAUUGGCUUGGUGCCUAAAGCCUACAUAAUGGAGAUGUAUGAUAUUUGAGAGGCCUGGGAGAAAUCUGCACUUGGGAGUGGUGUGCAGCUGCAGUUUACAGACCCGGCCUCCGAAAGAAGAAGAUUCUGCCGUACACAUUCUGUGGUUUCAGUAAAUGUAGCCAGAUCGUUGCCUUGUGUAUUUUAAACAUUAAAAACUGUAAUUGAUCAUAA